AUGACUACCCCAACGUCAAAAACAGCCCAUAACGAUGUGCGACAAGACAAAAAGUCAAAUGAACGUAAUCUAAGCCAGAUUUGGCGAAAGGGACUAGCCGGAGGGAUAGCAGGAUGCGCUGCCAAAACAGUGGUAGCACCAUUAGAACGAGUGAAAAUUCUGUUCCAAACAGCUCACCUCGGCUUUGUGCGGCACACAACUCAUUGGCUAGGCUUUGUCCAUGCCAUCCAAGCUAUCCGCCACCGCUACGGAAAUCAAGCACUUUUCCAGGGCCACUCCGUGACACUACUGCGAAUCUUCCCCUACGCCGCUAUCAACUUCCUGGCCUAUGACCAGAUCCGAGCCACCCUAAUCACGGCCCGUGAUCAGGAAACGCCCUUUCGUCGCUUGAUAUCUGGCAGUCUAGCCGGCGCUAUAUCGACGACUUGUACCUAUCCCUUUGAGCUCAUUCGCGUACAGCUGGCCGUGCAGAUCAAAGAUACAUCCUUGGUCACGACGUGUCGGAAUAUCUACCACGGCGGUGGACUCGCCAACUUCUACCGGGGAUAUGCGCCCACAUUGUUGGGGAUCUUGCCUUACGCAGGCACUUCAUUUUUCAUCCACGAUGUGAUUGGGGACUGGUUUCGUUCGCCAAAGCUAGCUCCGUACACGGCUCUUGAGCCCCAGCCAGCUAAGUAUGGUCCAGACGGCGCUAAGCGUAUUCAGUUGACUGCGGUUGCAGAGCUAAGCUCUGGAGCUUUGGCUGGGCUGGUUGCACAGACGGUUUCAUAUCCCCUUGAGAUUAUCCGGCGACGGAUGCAGGUUACUAGGACUGGUAUGAAGAGUCGUCGUCGGGCGAGUAUUAUUGAGACGGCUCGGUCUAUAUACCUUCAAAGAGGUGUCCAAGGCUUUUAUCUUGGCUUGACAAUCGGGUACAUUAAAAUUGUGCCUAUGGUCGCAACAAGCUUUUUUGUGUACGAUCGGAUGAAGGGCUAUCUGGGCGUGUACUAG